UCGCAACGGGUUUGCCGUCAGAACGCAGGUGAGUGGCGGGUGUGGCUUCCGCGGGCCCCGGAGCUGGAGCCCUGCUCUGAGCGGGCCGGGCUGAUAUGCGAGUGUCGUCCGCAGGGUUUAGCUGUGAGCAUUCCCACUUCGAGUGGCGGGCGGUGCGGGGGUGAGAGUGCGAGGCCUAGCGGCAACCCCGUAGCCUCGCCUCGUGUCCGGCUUGAGGCCUAGCGUGGUGUCCGCCGCCGCGUGCCACUCCGGCCGCACUAUGCGUUUUUUGUCCUUGCUGCCCUCGAUUGCCUUCCAGCAGCAUGGGCUAACAAAGGGAGGGUGUGGGGCUCACUCUUAAGGAGCCCAUGAAGCUUACGUUGGAUAGGAAUGGAAGGGCAGGAGGGGCGACUGGGGCCCGCCCGCCUUCGGAGCACAUGUCCGACGCCACCUGGAUGGGGCGAGGCCUGUGGCUUUCCGAAGCAAUCGGGCGUGAGUUUAGCCUACCUGGGCCAUGUGGCCCUAGCACUGGGCACGGUCUGGCCUGGCGGUGCCGCGUUCCCUUGCCUCCCAACAAGGGUGAGGCCGUCCCGCCCGGCACCAGUUGCUUGCGCGGAAAGAUGGCCGCUCCCGGGGCCCUGUUGCAAGGAGCUCAAAAUGGAGGACGCGGCAGCCCGGUGGAGCGGGCGGGUGUUGUGAAAGCCACCGCUAAUUCAAAGCAAAAAUGGGAAAGGAAAAGACUCACAUCAACAUCGUCGUAAUUGGACACGUAGAUUCCGGCAAGUCCACCACAACCGGCCACCUGAUCUACAAAUGUGGUGGAAUCGACAAAAGAACCAUUGAAAAGUUUGAGAAGGAGGCUGCGGAGAUGGGAAAAGGCUCCUUCAAGUAUGCCUGGGUCCUGGACAAACUGAAAGCUGAGCGUGAGCGUGGUAUCACUAUUGACAUCUCCCUGUGGAAGUUUGAGACCAGCAAGUACUAUGUGACUAUCAUUGAUGCCCCAGGACACAGAGACUUCAUCAAGAACAUGAUUACGGGCACAUCUCAGGCUGACUGCGCUGUCCUGAUUGUUGCUGCUGGUGUUGGGGAAUUUGAAGCUGGUAUCUCCAAGAACGGGCAGACCCGUGAGCAUGCUCUUCUGGCUUACACUUUGGGUGUGAAACAGCUAAUUGUUGGUGUCAACAAAAUGGAUUCCACCGAGCCACCAUACAGUCAGAAGAGAUACGAGGAAAUCGUUAAGGAAGUCAGCACCUACAUUAAGAAAAUUGGCUACAACCCUGACACAGUAGCAUUUGUGCCAAUUUCUGGUUGGAAUGGUGACAACAUGCUGGAGCCAAGUGCUAAUAUGCCGUGGUUCAAGGGAUGGAAAGUCACCCGCAAAGAUGGCAGUGCCAGUGGCACCACGCUGCUGGAAGCUUUGGACUGCAUUCUGCCGCCAACUCGUCCAACUGACAAGCCUCUGCGACUGCCCCUCCAGGAUGUCUAUAAAAUUGGCGGCAUUGGCACUGUCCCUGUGGGCCGAGUGGAAACUGGUGUUCUCAAACCUGGUAUGGUGGUUACCUUUGCUCCAGUCAAUGUAACAACUGAAGUCAAGUCUGUGGAAAUGCACCAUGAAGCUUUGAGUGAAGCUCUGCCUGGGGACAAUGUAGGCUUCAACGUAAAGAACGUGUCUGUCAAAGACGUUAGACGUGGCAAUGUUGCUGGGGACAGCAAAAAUGACCCACCAAUGGAAGCAGCUGGCUUCACUGCUCAGGUGAUUAUCCUGAACCAUCCAGGCCAGAUCAGUGCUGGCUAUGCCCCUGUUCUGGACUGCCACACGGCCCACAUAGCAUGCAAGUUUGCCGAGCUUAAAGAGAAGAUCGAUCGUCGUUCUGGUAAGAAGCUGGAAGAUGGCCCCAAAUUCUUGAAGUCUGGUGAUGCUGCCAUUGUUGACAUGGUCCCUGGCAAGCCCAUGUGUGUUGAAAGCUUCUCUGACUACCCUCCACUUGGUCGUUUUGCUGUUCGUGACAUGAGGCAGACAGUUGCUGUGGGUGUCAUCAAAGCCGUGGACAAGAAGGCUGCAGGAGCUGGCAAAGUCACCAAGUCUGCCCAGAAAGCUCAGAAGGCUAAAUGAAUAUUAUCCCUAACACCUGCCACCCCAGUCUUAAUCAGUGGUGGAAGAACGGUCUCAGAACUGUUUGUCUCAAUUGGCCAUUUAAGUUUAAUAGUAAAAGACUGGUUAAUGAUAACAAUGCAUCGUAAAACCUUCAGAAGGAAAGAAUGUUUUGUGGACCAUUUUUUUUUGUGUGUGGCAGUUUUAAGUUAUUAGUUUUCAAAAUCAGUACUUUUUAAUGGAAACAACUUGACCAAAAAUCUGUCACAGAAUUUUGAGACCAUUAAAACAAGUUUAAUGAGAA